CGACCUUGUGCUUCACAUAGAAAUGCGUUGUUGUGUCACUCAAACCGAUCUAGUUAUUGAAAUUUUGUGGCACGCCGGAGAUAUUUCUGAGUUGAGGUGGGUCUUUCAAUUGUUGAGUGGUAGUAAGAGCGUGUGUUCAUGUCGGCAAACAGUGCUACCGCUCAAGGACCAUGGGGAGGGUCAGGCGGGCACCCUUUCUAUGAUGGCAGAGGUGAUGUUGUCGAGAUUGAUGUCACCUACACCAACGACCAUGUGACCAAGCUGCAAGUCGCGUACGCGGAGAGCACCGGCAGCCGGUGGCACAGUCCUACUCAUGGUUCGCAUGGCGGUCAUGACGAGAAGAUAACGCUAGAUUACCCGGAGGAGUACCUUACGCAAGUAGUGGGCACAUACGGGAGGUGUAUAAAUUCGAUCUCCUUCAUCACGAACAAGGGGACGUAUGGGCCUUUCGGGAACACGGAAGGGGAGGGUUUCGAAUCUCCAGCGGAUGUGGUUAUAGUUGGAUUCUUUGGUCGAUCUGGUUCCAUUAUCGACCAGCUUGGAGUGCUCACAAUCGAAGCCAGUGUCGACAAUGUCCAGCUGGACAAGCCUUUGAAAAGUACCGUGAUAACGCAAGGACAAUGGGGAGGGCAUGGAGGAUAUGACUUCUGCGAUGGCAGAGGCGAUGUUGUGGAGAUCACGGUGAAAUAUGACGAUGAAUGCGUGCAUUUGUUACAAGCCGAGUACCAGCACAGUGGUGAUCGAUUCUCAGGUGCUUGUCACGGUGAAGGAGAGGAAGGAGAAGAAGCCAAGGUUUCGCUGAACUUCCCAACCGAGCGUUUAAUGCAAGUGAAGGGCACUUACGACCCUCGCGGCUAUCUGACCUCAAUCUCAUUGAUCACCAACAAUGAAACAUACGGACCUUUCGGAAACUCCCGAGGACAGCACUUUCAGUCUCUGCCUCAUGGUGUUUUGGGGUUCUGUGGCAGAAGUGGUCGAGUGGUCGACCAACUGGGAGUACUCACUUACGUUGAAAACCCUUGGAAUUCUCAUCUCGACAAAAAGCCUGCACGCCUUGAAAUCUCGACGGUUGUCAACGGGCCAUGGGGAGGCUCCGGCGGACAAGAUUUCUAUGAUGGAAGAGGUGACGUCGUGGAGAUUUUAGUGAACUUCAGCAAAGUUGCCGUAACCACGUUGCAAGUGACAUAUGAACAGUGCGGCACUAGAUUCGAGGGCGCUCCUCAUGGUGGCGCAGGCGGAGACUCCUGGAAAUCCCAAAUUGGGAUAGGCAAAAAUUUAGGUGAAGAAUCCAGCAAGCUUUGUCUGGAAUUCCCAGAGGAGUUUCUGUUGCAAGUGAAGGGUACAUAUGGACCAAUUCCUUCACGUACAUCCGAUGCAGUGACAUCGCUAACCUUCGUCACGAACAAGCAAACAUAUGGUCCUUACGGUGUUCCCAGCGGCCAAGAGUUUGAGACUCCUGCAACUGGAGUUGUAGGAUUCUUCGGCAAAGCGGGUGCCCGUCUAGAUCAACUGGGGGUGUUCACCAAAUUUUCUGAAAGUGCUGAAUAGUAACGUGAUCUUGCAGUGAUGUAAUUGCACAUUUGGAGCCAGUCGCUACUUCAAGCCAAAUCAGGUUGUUCUUUGAUUAUGCGGUGUUGAUGGGUGACCUCCCAUGCUGCCAGAGUGAUGAUGUCUAUAAUACCCACAUUUCAUAAAUAAAAUUAUGUUCGCUCAUCGUGUAAA